AUAAUAACAGCCAGUGAGGUGCGUCUGUGCGCUUCUGUGUAGUGUUAAUCAUUUGUUGUGCCUCGAAUUUUGAAUAAUUAUUGUAGAAGAAUGUAUUUACAUUUAAAUUUAAUCGCGGCUGCGUGCGAGGGCAUGGGAAUCGGUAUAAAUGGGGCCUUACCGUGGAAACUUAAAACUGAAAUGGCAUUUUUUACAGCCAUGACUACGGAAACAAAAAACAAAAAUAAAAAGAACGUUGUUCUGAUGGGACGAAGGACGUGGGAAUGUAUUCCAAACAAAUUUAGACCGUUGAAGAAUCGAAUAAACAUGGUUCUAACGUCACAGUCUUUGAAUUACGGAGGCCAAGCACUCGUAUGCAAAAGCAUUCCGCACGCUCUCGAAAUUAUUUCGCAACCUCCGUUGAAAGAUCAGGUUGAAAAUAUAUGGGUGAUAGGAGGGAGUUCCGUGUACAAGGCUGCUAUGGAGUCCCCUAAUUUUCACCGGUUGUAUUUGACGAGAGUAAAAAAACAUUUUGUUUGCGACACUUUUUUCCCGCAGAUUCCAAAUAAUUUCGUUUUGAAACAAGAUGAAAACAUUCCUUCGGGCGUUCAAGAGGAAAACGGUAUACAGUUCGUAUACGAAGUAUACGAAAAACAAUAAAUAAUAUAAAUAAUAUAAAAAGUACACUUAAUGUUACAAUAUGAUA